AUGCACAGGGCCUUCUUCAGCGGGGUGGGCAGCUGCAGCAGUGAAGGACGGCUGAGCCUCGGUCCUUCCAGCUGUCACCAGCACCUCCCCCACACCAGGUGCUGGGACCACCGGGUGGGGCUCGGGGCCCAGCUCCCCACCUCACUCUGCAAACAAGCUGUGGGCUACCUGCUCCAGGUGGACAGAGAGAGGCUGGAGGACACCAUCCUGAGUCCCACAGCCAGCAGAGAAGACCGGGCACUGACUGUGCGUGGGGAAGGCCGGCAGGCCUCGCCCACCCCUGUGCCUGCCCGCAUUAGGGAGAUCGUGACGGGCAGCCUGGGCGAGGACCCACCCCAAGGGGUGCGGGAGCCAGCAGCCGCCAGGGCCCGCGUGCAGGAGGAGAACCAGCUCCUGCAGGAGGAGCUGUCCCGGAUGCAGGACCUGCUGGCCCAGGCGGCUGCUGAUCGGGACGAGGUGGCCAGCAGGUACCACGUGCUCAGCGAGCGGCUGCAGGCCCAGCUGGAGGCCACUGAGGCUCGGCUGCAGAGGUCGGAGCUGGAGCACAGCACAGACCUGGAGGAGGCCCUCGGCUGUCUGGAGGCCGCGGAGCAGCGGAGCAUUGGCUUCUCCCAGGUGAACACGCUGCUGCGGGAGCAGCUGGAGCACAUGCAGAAGGCCAAUGACACACUGGCCCGGGAGCUGGCCAGGACGGCGGGCAACGUGCUCCUCCUGCAGGGCAAGCUGGAGCUGCGUGAGGCACAGCACUGGGCUGAGAGAGAGACUCGGCAGACGGGCCCAGCGCAGUCCCGGGAGCUCCUUCUCCUAUGGAGACAGGCCGUGGCACUCCGGACGCAUGUGGCCGAGCUGCGUGCAGCCACUGAGAGGGGUCUCACUGACAUGCAAGCAGAUGCAGCCAGGACAGCCCGGCGCCUGUGUACGGCCUGCCUGAACCUCGACUCCAACCUGCGGCUGUCGGCCCGCAGCACAGCCGGUGCGCUGGAGCAGCAGCUGCGGUCCAGGGUGGGCGAGACCCUGCAGCUGCGGGGCCGCUGGCACACGGAGCAGGUGGCGCUCCAGGCCAGACUGUCCGAGCAAACACUGCUGGUGGAGAAGCUCAUGGAGCAAAACAAGCAGAAGGACAGAACCAUCGCUUCCCUCUGCGUGGACGUUCAGAAACUGGUGGCCCAGGCAGACACCGUGUGCCCAGAGCUGGUGUGGAGCAGCAGCUCUGAGGGCAAGGAAGCACAGACCUGCCUGAAGAGCCCCCCGCGGGCCACGUCCCUGCACCAGGGGCUGUCCACGCCACGGGCCCGCUCACCAGAUGCCCUGGACCCCGCACUGCAGGCCGUGUGGGCAGCCAUUGAGAGGCGGCAGCAGCGGGAACAGGAGCUGCACCUGCAGCUGGAGUCUGCCCAGGCAGCAGCGGCCGGGCUCCGGGAACAGCUAUCUGAGCGCCAGCGGGAGCUGCGGGCCUCACAGAGGCUCCUGCAGGAGCAGGUGCAGGAGCAAGCUCGGGAGCGCGAGGACUUCCUGGGUCAGCUGGAGGCUCAGAAGCGCGAGGCGCAGUGCUGCCAGGCAUCAGCCAAGCUCUUGGGAAGGGAGAAGGCAGCUCUGGAGAUGGCAGUGGAGGAGCUGAGAGGGAAGGCGGACAUUUCGGAUGUGGAGAAGCAGCGGCUAGAGGCCGUGAACUGGGAGCUGCAGAGCAGCCUCCUGCUGUGGGCGGAGCAGAAGGCAGGGCUGGAGCUGCAGGGCCAGCGGGGCCUCAGGGAGCUGGAGAACAGUCAAGGGCGCCUGGAGCAGCUGGAGGAGAAGGUCUCAGGGCUCAGGCAGGAGCUGGUGUCGGCCAGGGAGGCGCUGAGCGCAGCACGGCUGCAAAGGGACAUCGUAGAGGGCGAGAGGGAGAGUCUGCGCGGGGCCCUGGCCCGGGCCAAGUCCAGCAACACUGACCUGGAGCUGCUUGUGUCGCAGCUGAAGUCGGAGGGGGUGGAGCAAAGGGACGCCCUGGCCACAAUGGCCACCCUGAUGGAAGGACUGGCUCAGGACAAAAGCAGCCUGAACCACCUGGUCCUCCAGCUGGAGCAGGAGCGGGAUCAGCUGCAGGAGCAACAGAAGGUGCUAGAGCAGGAGCAGGCCGGUGCCCGGGAGCAGCUGGCGAGGGCGGAGCAGCAGCUGGAGUGCAUGCAGGCCGAGCGGAGGGGACUGCAGCAGGCCUGCCGGAGCCUGGAGAAGCGGCAGGAGCAGCUGGAGGGGCAGGCAGCCCUGCUGGAGAGCGAGAGGGCCCAGCUCCGGGAGCAGGUGGGCCAGGUCACACACAAGAAACAGGCCCUGGAGGAGCAGCUGGCACAGAGCCUGCAGGACCAGGAGGCCCAGACGGACACUCUGAAGCAAGCUCUGCAGGAGAAGGAUGCUUUGUCUGAGGAACGGGCCCAGCUACUGGCCAAGCAGGAGGCCCUGGAGAGGCAGGGCCAACUCAUGGCUGAGGAGGCAGCUGAUCUCAGGGCCGAGAGGGACUCUCUGGAGAGCAGCCUCUUUGAGGCCCAACAGCUGGUGUUGCAGCUGCAGUCUCAGCAGGAACAGCUGGAGGGACAGGUCCAGAGCACACGGCUCGCUCGGCAGGCCCUGCAAGGGGAAAUGGAGCAGCUGAAAAGUGACUGGGAGGCCCAGGAGACGAGGCUGCAGCAGGACGUGGGGCGGCUCCAGGAGCAGGUGAUGCAGCGGGAGCAGGACACACAGCUGGCCCUGGAGCGCCAGGCGCUGGCCCACCGCGAGGACCUGGUGCGGCUGCAGAGGGAGAAGGAGACCCUGAGGUUGUCCCUGGCAAGGGAGAAGGAGGAGGCUGCCUGCCGGCUGGAGCAAGAGAAGGCGCUGGUGGCAGCAAGUGCAGCCGAGAGGGAGGCUCUGCAGGUGGAUCAGGAUGAGCGCCUCCUCCAGCUGCAGCAGGAGAUGCAGCAGGCCCUGUCUCUGAAAGAAGCAGAGAGGAGCCUGCUGAACGAAGAACUCUCCAGGGCCACACGGGAGCUGGAGUUUGUGCGGCAGAAGGCCCAGAGCCGGCAGAAGCAAGCCGAGGCCAUCAUCAGCACCACCACGGAGGAGCUCAAAGCCCUGCAGGUCCAGUUUGAGGACGCCAUCUCCAGCCAUCAGAGAGAGGCCACAGCGCUGAGCGAGGGUCUCCGGGAGAUGGCAGCUGAGCGAAGCAAGGCUGGGAGACAGGCCGAGAGGCUGCGGGCACAGCUAAACAUGGCCCAGGAAGGGCUGGCCGUGCUGCACCGGGAGCUGCAGAGCAGCGAGGAGAGGCACGCAGGGCUGCGCAGGGAGGCCCUGGACGCUCGUCGGGCGCUGGGCGCCGAGGCCCACGAGAAGCGCGUGCUGCAGCGCUCCAACGCCGAGCUGAGGGCCGCUGUCCGCAGAGCCGAGCAGGAGAAGGCCAGUUUCAAACAGUCCAAGGAGGAGAAAGAGCAGAAGCUGCUGGUCCUGGAGGAGGCCCGAGCCGCGGCUCAGAGGGAGGCCGUGGAGCUGCGGGCCAGCCUGCAGGAGCUGGAGAGGGCGCGGGCACACGCGCUCUGGGAGCUCCAGGAGUGCCGCAGACAGGUGAGGAGGCUGGAGGCCGAGAACCAGAGGAAGACCCGCGAGGUGAGUGGGCUACAGGCCCGUGGGACGCAGGAUGCACAGCGCCAGCAGCAGAGCCGGCAGGAGGCCCUGGGGCUGCAGAGGCAGGUGGCCGAGGCGGAGGCUGCCCGUGAGGGCGCCCAGAUGGAGGUCCUGGGGCUGCAGCAGAAGCUGGCGGAGGUGGAGGCUGCGGGGAAGGCCCAGGAACAGCAGCUGGAAGAGCAGCUGCGCGAGAGCCGGGGGGCCGAGCGGACCCUCCGGGCGGAGCUGCGCAGUGUCUCCGGGAAGCUGCGGCACGCCAGCGGGGUGGCUGAAGGCCUCCAGGCUCGCCUGGAUGGGGCCUGUCGCCAGAUCCACAGCCUGGAGCAGGAGCUGGCCCGGGCCGUGGGCGCCCAGCGGGACGCGGAGGCCCAGCUGGGCCGUCUGUGCUCCACACUGCGCCAUGGCCUGGGGCUCCAGGGACAGAGUCCCUCGGCUGCCCCUGAGCAGCCCAGCUCCCCCACCAAAGGCUCAGACAGCUUCCAGGCUCACCCUGGGUGGCAGGGUGCCAGCCCCCCCACCAGGCCCUGGCCUGCACCUGGAGACCUCAGUCCAGAGGUCGUGGACGUGGCCUCUGUGCAGGACGCCCUGGGAAACUUUGUGCAGAAACUUUGGGAUGCCCAGCGUGAGCGGGACGACGCGCGCAUCCAGGCAGUGCACCUGCUUGGCCGGCUGAGCAAGGCGGAGCGCAAGCGUGCCCGAGCCCACAGCCACAUGGGGCAGCUGCAGGAAGCCGUGGUCCAGGCAGAGGAAGGCCAGCGCCGGGCAGAGGCCAUGCUGAGCAGCGCCCGGGCAUCGCAGGCCCUGCAAGAGGAGACGCUCCAGAGGCUGGAGACGCAGCGCCUGGCGAGUGCACGGGCAGCAGGCCAGGAGAAGCGGCGGCUCCAGGAGCAGCUGGACACCCUGCACCAGGCCCUCGACGAGAGCAGGAGGCACAGCCAAGGCCUGGCCGAGAAGGGCAGGCUGCUGGAGGAACAGCUCGCCAGCCUGCAGCACCAGUGCCAGCAGGCUGAGGGAUCACUGCAGCCCCUGCGGCAGGCAAAGCAGGAGAUGCUGAGGAGGGAGGGUGUAGUGAGGUUCGGGGCUGAGAAGGAGCAACUGGACCAGCUCCUGAGCAGCCCCUGAAGCAGAGCCACUGGCAGGGAGGUGCCUGAGUUCUCUUUCCAGGCCCAGACAGUGCAGCUGCAGCAGGCCCACGCCCAGCGGCUCCAGGAGCUGGCUACGCACCAGCAGGACCUGGCUGUGGAGGCCGAGUAGCUGCAGGGGGCCCAGCUUCAGGCUACGCAGGCCCUGGAGUCCCACAAGCAGACCCACCAGCGGCGGGCAGGGUGCUGGAGGAGCAGCCUGAAGGAGCAGCUGGACCAGGAGGUGCAACGGCAAGCUUCCCACGUGGGGCAGGAAACAGGGCAUCAGCCCGGCCAGCACCCCGUGCGGGGCCAGUGUGUGUCCUCCAGCUGCCACACCCAUGCCAUCCUCUGCAUCCCUGCGGUGCCCGUUGGUGCCACCUGUGGGACUGAUGCCCUGGCACAGGGCAGGCACCAAGUAGAUGCACAGAGUGAGGAGAAGGCCUUGCUCCUGGACCGGGGCUGCACAGCUCAUCAGCAGGAGAGUGGGGUACCCCAGCCCCAGAGAGGCAUGGUGAGCCCUGCAUGGGGCAUCGCCAGCACUGUCACCCUGCAGCUGUUGCUGCUCUGGGACCGCCGUGCCUCACCCCGGAGCGGUGCAGGUUUACCUGGACUGGAACUUCUGGUUGUGCCCACAUGGUGGGACCAGCUGCUCUGGGGGGACCUGUACUCCACCAGCCACUCUUGGGCUGCCCGGAAGGGGCCUUGUCCUGACCCCUCCCCAGCCUUUGCCAGCGAGGCGCAGGGAGCGGGCCAUGCCCAAGCAGCCGAGGCUGCCACGCCUCUCCUUCUACCACUGCCCCCACCUGUCUGCACCGGGCCUGACUCUGAGCUUCACGACCCCCUUCCCAUUGGCAGCCGAGCCAGCUGGGCGUGA